CUUCAUUAUUUUGUUUCUUUAUAUAUGGCUUGUUUCCCUUUCAAAAAGACUAUUUAAUAAUAAUAAUAAUAUUAUUUGCUUAUUUCAUUUAUUAAUGAUUAUAAAGGAAUAACAAUAGGAUUAGGUGUUUUGGUUCACAAUCUCAGCCAAUUUAUUUGGGUCUUUCUUUCUUCUUUCAAACACGUUUUUGCUUCUUGUUUUUGCCCUUUCCUGUUGGCUGCCUCUGUAUAAAGUUGAAACACCAAGCUUCCAUCUUCAUCUUCAACCUCAUCUUCUUUUUAGGACUUCACAACCCUUUCUCUUUGUAUUUUCAAAGAAUCAAUAACAGAAGACGGUGAAGCAAUCAAAUAGGUAAAAAGAUAUAAAGGAUACUUGUUAACUAGAUGGAUGGAUAUACUAGUAAAAGAGCUGCUGAUGGGCUUGUUGUACCUGGCAAGGGUUCCGGCAUUAUCUUGAAGGAUCAUGUUAAUAACAGAGAACGGAAUGCUCAAUUUUGCAACCGAAUUGGGUGCAGUGGCAGGCUGAACUCAAUGAAAGGUACUCUGAGUGGCUGCUCAGAAAAAUCCAAAUCUUCGAGGCCGCCUUACCGCACUUCAUCGAGUGGCAAGGAAAUAAUUGGAAGCUCCUCUAGGGUAUACUCUGCACCUAUCAACUCUAGAAAAUCCUCUACGAAUCCUCAGAAAAAGUUAUCAUCUCAGCUGGAAACAGAUUCAUCUGAAACUAGUAGUGUUCAGGAUGAGCCAGAAGGGUCAGAGCUCAUAUCCCCACCGGGAAAGAUUCAAAGAGGGUUGCAGCCCAGAGCCGAUGAUGCUGAUUCUAGGGAAGUUAGAGUAAUGGAAGUUGGAAGCUCUUGUGCAGCAACAAACACAAAACCGAGGAGAAGCUUUAGUCAGCGUGCGGGGUUGGGCAACCAGGAUGCUCUUGCCAGUCCAUCGGUUACUUUGGCCUCUUGUAGUGCUUCCCUGGCAACUCGUGCCAACGCAAGCAGGUACAGUUUGAGAAAUAUAAAGUGUAACUCUAUUUCUGAUGUUGUUCCUUCUGGUUGUUCAUCUUCGGAUUCAAGCCUCAGCAGAAGGAAAGACACAGUAAAAAAGAGAAAUGCGGAUGGAGAAGGUAGCUCUUCAACUAAGGGAAAGAAGUUGAGUGGGUCAUCUUUGGAGGGACGGAGCAAUGUUUCUAGUCACGGUGUCUCCAUUUCUGAUUCAAGGCGAGCUAGAAAUUGGUCCCCGAAUAGUGAUAGUAGUGUUGCUUCUUCAGUUAGGACUCGAAGAUCAAGCAGUUGUUAUGGUAGAGGGAGACUCCCUAACCAGGACAAUGGGAGUAUUUUAACUUUGAAUGAGCCCCCUGUGGUCAUGCCGCAAGUGCCUCAAGCUGCUGUAACCAUCGAUUUGAGUGCACCUGUUUCCACAGAAACUGGCUCAACUUGUGCUAGUUCUUACGGUCGAGCAGGUAGAAUAAGUGAUAGUUUACACAGUAUCAUACCGUCUAUUCCUUCUGAAGCUGGCAUCAACCGCUCUUCAAUGACCGGGGAUAGUUUCCGGCGCUACAAUAUGGAUGGCAUUGCAGAGGUGUUAUUAGCUCUUGAGAGGAUCGAACAAGAUGAAGAGUUGACGUAUGAGCAAUUACUUGUUCUAGAGACCAGCUUGUUCCUUAAUGGCCUGAAUUUUUACGACCAACAUAGAGACAUGAGAUUGGAUAUAGACAAUAUGUCAUACGAGGAAUUACUAGCUCUAGAAGAGAGGAUGGGUAAUGUGAGCACUGCACUAUCCGAAGAAGCAAUGUCGAAAUGCCUUAAAAAAAGCAUCUACGAAGCAAUAUCUAUGGAGGAUGUUGCAAAGGUCAGCUGUGAGGUUGAAAAGGAUGAUGUGAAAUGCAGUAUAUGCCAGGAAGAGUAUGUUGUUGGAGAUGAAGUAGGGAGGCUGCAGUGUGAACAUAGGUACCAUGUUGGGUGCAUACGGCAGUGGUUGCAGGUGAAGAAUUGGUGCCCUAUUUGCAAAGCAUCAGCAGAAGCCAUGCAGUCUUCUUGUUCAUCUCAGAACUGAGUUGGAAUUUGAAUAGAAGAAGAAAGCAACAGACUGAGUUUCAUUUGUACAAAAUUGAUGGCUUUUCUCUUCAGCAUUUUUAAAUUUUAAUUUUAUGGAUCACAUGUAAAUAUCAAAUCCAAACAAAUAAAGCAGAUGCGCUUGGACUGACUCUGCACUGGAAGGAACACUCAAUUCACUGGUAAUAAAAAUAAAUGUGAAUCAAAGUACGCUUACUGCUGGUGGCGCUGUUUGAAUUGAUCA